GGCGCGGCUCAGCGCCUCCUCUGCUAGGAGUUCCUUGGCAGUGGACGACUGGGGGUCGCCGGCCCACCGAGAUGGACGUGCAGGCAGGACAGAUCCACUCAGCCCUGGGGCGCGGCGGGCCCACGCCCCCGCCCAUUUCAGGCGGGCGGCUAACAGGACCCAGCCCUUUCUCCACUAACCGCCCGCUUUCUAGUCCCUCCUUUGGAUGACACCGAGCAGCUCGGUUUCCGAUUGGCUACAAAUUCUCCCGCGUUGUCUCCUCAGCCACCACAACAAUCGCCACGUGCUCAACCUGGGGCUUGCUCAUUGGCUUCCGUCCUCCACCCGCCCACAUCCUGCCUUUAUCCUCCCCUCCUACUGGCCAUUGGGACAGGGGGCCCCGCCCCCUAGCGCUGCGCCUCCAUUGUGGAUUGGUCCAAUGGCAGAACGAGGCGGAAGCUGGGGGGGCGGGUUAAAAAGCUUGCAGCAGGUAGGGACACGUGUGUCGGAGAAGGUUCAAUGGCGUGGCAGGGUCUGGCUGCUGAGUUCUUGCAGGUGCCGGCGGUGACGCGGGCCUACACCGCGGCCUGUGUCCUCACCACCGCCGCCGUGCAGCUGGAGCUCCUUAGCCCCUUCCAGCUCUACUUCAAUCCACACCUGGUGUUCCGGAAGUUCCAGGUCUGGAGGCUUGUCACCAACUUCUUCUUCUUUGGACCGCUAGGAUUCAGUUUCUUCUUCAACAUGCUCUUCGUGUUUCGCUACUGCCGGAUGCUGGAGGAGGGCUCUUUCCGGGGCCGCACCGCUGACUUUGUUUUCAUGUUUCUCUUCGGGGGAGUCCUGAUGACCCUCCUGGGGCUCCUGGGCAGUCUUUUCUUCCUGGGCCAGGCCCUCACGGCCAUGCUGGUGUACAUAUGGAGCCGCCGCAGCCCUCAGGUGAGGGUCAACUUCUUUGGCCUCCUCACCUUCCAGGCACCUUUCCUGCCCUGGGCGCUCCUGGGCUUCUCGCUGCUGCUGGGCAAUUCCAUUCUCAUCGACUUGCUGGGGAUUGCUGUGGGCCACAUCUACUACUUCCUGGAGGAUGUCUUCCCCAACCAGCCUGGUGGGAAGAGGCUGCUACUGACCCCUGGCUUCCUGAAGCUGCUACUGGAUGCCCCAGAAGAGGACCCCAAUUAUCUGCCACUCCCCGAGGAGCAGCCAGAAGCUCCGCAGCAGUGAUCUGGACCUAAAGGCCUGUUUCCCUGAGCUCUGCAUAGAGUAGAGUGACCUGUCCUAGGGGCUGAGCCCAUGUCCAGGUCCACCCAAAUAAACAGACUCACCUGCCAUCUCUUGCCACUGGCUUCCCUGCCUUGGCUGGCCACACUGACCAUGCUGGGCCACAAGCCUGCCUUGUCUCCUACCUGUGGACCAAGCAAACAUUCCAACUCACAGAGCCCAACAGUCUCCAACUCAGCUGGGCCUGGACUCUUCACCUCUGUUCAGGGCUUUUCACUAAAGUCCAGCUGACCCCAGGCAGUGGGGACAGAUGGGAAGCCAGGGAAGGGCCUGCCCGCAGCUAAGGUGUUGCUGGCCUACAGCUGUCCUCUGUAAGAAUGUAGCUGCAUGACCCACUCACUCAAGCUUAUCCAGGAGAGCCGCUGUGCCAUCUGAAUGGGUCUCGUGUCCUGGGAAUAAGACAGAAGGGACAAUAACCUAGCAGGCAGUGCUGGGAAGAGUGCGGGGGGACCUGCCGAGGAGUCAGUGUACAGCGGGGCUGUUAGGUGUGCAGCGUGGGGAGGUGUAGGGAGAGGUGUGAAUCCACGGGAGCUGAGGCUGCUGUGUCUCUGCAAUGUGUGCUCAGGACACAGCAGAAUCUGGGGGUGUGACACCGUCACCUUGCUCAGGAAGGCCACGCAUGGGGCAGGAACACUUAGCCCCCUACCUGCAAAGCUCACCCCACCGCUCGGUUCCUCUUCCACAUUGAUGAGUGAAACCCACCAGGAGGAAAAAACAGGGCUGAGUUCUGGCAGGGUCUGGCAGGGGUGGAAUGGAGAGUGGAGCUGUGAGACCCGCCGCCCCUCAAACACCCCCUCCAUCCUCCAUC